AUGGCAGAUAGUGGAGCUGGAGCUGUAGUGGUGGUCAAUCAGUUUGGAAAGCUGAGAUUCAGAUAUACAGGGAAUGCUUCUGAAUUAAAGUACCAACAACUUUAUCCCCGGGAAAUCACCACAGACAGUCAGAGCCAUAUUCUUACAGCUGAUAUCAAGAAUCAGUGUGUCCAUAUCAUAGACUGGAAUGGUCUGUGUCUCCGCUACAUAGAGUGUGGACUGAUUAAACCUUGGGGACUGUGUACAGAUAAGAAUGACAAUUUAUUUAUUGCUGAACAUGAAAAUGGAGAUGUGAAAAAAAUCAGAUAUCAGCAAUAA